UCAGAGCUUAUCCGCAUCCGCUUGGUCUUUUCUGAAAUUAAAAGCCUUAGUCACCAGCCGCUUAGGUUCAAAAUGAAAGUACAGACUGCCUCCGCUUGUCUGCUGUUGGUGGCUGUACCGUCGUGUUCGGCGGCGGUACUAAGGUCGCAGGAAAAGGGUUUCUUUGAUGUUUUAGCUCAAACUGCACUUCAAGCAGCAGGAGGUGCACUUCAAGGCGUUCAUGAGACAGUUGCACAGGCAUUGGGCGUCGAAGUGGUUCCUCCUGAAGCCGAAAUGCCGACUCCAGCUCAACCCUCAUUGAAUCUGCCGGAGCUGGACGAAGCUCAGGCACGUAAAAUCGACACUAUGCAGAAAAUGCUUGAGAGGAAGCUGCAGCACGCUGAUGAAUUGAGGCAUAAACUCUUGGCAGAUGUCCAGUACAUGAAGGACAAAGGUCUUCUUGAGAAGCCUUCGGGCGCUGCUGCACUCCAAGCUGCUCUACCCACAGCGUCGGGAGCUGCCGCUGUACUGGAGCAGUUUGAGGCUCCGAUUAUCUUCUUGGAGCCACCUCCUGUAUCUCCCAAGCAGCAGCUUGACGCUGCAACAUCGGCAGAGGCUGCUUUGCACAUGAGCGGGGACGAAGUCAGUCCAGUGAUGAAGAGAGUGAAAGAGUAUGAGAGAAUGAAGCUGGGAAUGGUCUCUGCUAACACGCUCGAUGAAGUUCGCCGAGAGAUAAAGCAAGUGCAAGCAGACAUUAAGAAAAGGAAUAUAGAACGUGAAGAGCUUUACAAAAAGAUCAAGAAAAGCGGUCGUCAGCUGGCGAAAACUGGUUCCAAGAGGUUUCAGACUGAGGUUACGUUCGCGAACAAUGACUUGAAGGAAAAAGAUAAGGAACUUGGUAUCCUGGCGGACAAACUGUUAAAGUUGAAACAAAGAGAGGCAACUCUUAUCAGAACUAAGGGACCCGGAGUAAACGCGGAAAAGGAUGAAGAAGAGCAAGAGGCAGAAGAGGACGAACUAGCAGAGGACUGAGUUGGGGAGCAAGAAACCAGGUCGAUUGCAACUUUGGGACAUUGCUGUGAUGUAUUCCAGUAGACAGUCACGGACAGUGUAUUCUUGUAAGGCGCUGACACAUUGACGGUUAUGGACUGUUAAACGAGACAUACCUGAAGAACUCUGUACACGUAAUGACGGCGUUACUGUUCC